UUAUGAAAAAUCAACAACUUCGACAUAUUUUAAAUUCAUUUUAUUUUUAACAAUGAAACGAGAACAAGAAUUGGUAUUUAUAGAAAGAAAAAUUGAUUGAAAUAUUUUAAUCUAUAAUAUAGAAUAAAUAACCAACACAGUAAUAUUUGAACUUUGCGCCAUUUCCAUGUUUGUUGACGAAAUAGAAACGCCGGCCCCUGCAAUAAUCGUCAUAACUACAAGAACAGUUUAUUAACUUACUAAAUCUCAGAUAUGGUAUCAACAAGAAGUGUGCGUUAUAAAUUCAGUGAGGGGGAACGAGUGUUAUGUUAUGAACCUGAUCCUACGAAAGCUAAAGUUCUUUACGAUUCUAAGGUUUUAGAAGUAAUAGAAAGCAAAGAUAAACGGGGAAAACGUAGUGUCGAAUAUUUAAUACACUUUCAAGGUUGGAAUUCGUCGUGGGAUCGCUGUGUGAGCGAAGAUUUUGUAUUAAAAGACACUGAAGAGAACAGACAGUUGCAAAGGGAUCUUGCAGAGAAAUCACAACUGCAAUUAGGUGCAUAUUUAUACCGACGGGAGAGAAAAAAAGGUAGUUCUAAUGCAGGAUCAGUAUCUACAAAGAGAGCACGACUUGGAUUUAGCGAUGAUGGAUCUUCAAGUAGUACACAGCCUGAUGAAGGUGAAACAGCAGCAGAUACUGAUACUUCCUCAGGCUCUACAUCAAGUGCGCAGCCCACAUCUUCUCCUGGACCACCUCAUUCAUGCAGGGCACAAAUACCUCUACCGCCUUCUCUCAGGGACCGUUUGACGCUCGACUACCACCUAGUGGUGAAGCGCGGGCGCGUGGCCCGGCUGCCCGCGUCGCCGAGCGCGGCCGAGAUACUCGAGUCCGUGGUGAAGUGGUUCGGGCGCGCCGGCGCGUGGAACCCGCCGCGCGGGAAACACGAGCCGCCGCAGAAGCCGGACAUUCUAGAAGUUUCUGCAAGAUUAAAUUUAGUCCGCGAGGUGGCAGAUGGCUUAAGAGUAUAUUUUGACUUCAUAUUCCGGGGACACAUGUUAUACAAGCAGGAAAUGGCGCAGUACCACGAGAUGUGCGGGCAGUACAAUGAUUUUCCAACAGAUAUAAAUUCAGAGGGCGAAGACCAAGAGAACCAAUCACCAGAUGAGGAUCCAGACGAUGAUGAAGACGUGAAAAGCCCCCGGAUUGCAGAAUAUGCCCACCUUCCACCUGACCCUGAAUAUGAUCAAGAUGAUGGUAAGUUUAAACCACUAGUAAGACGAGACAGACAAUUACAACCUGAUGAAAUAAAAAAAGAGAUAAAGGAAGAACAAAUAGAGAUAAAGGAAGAGAUCAUAGAGCCGGUAGCGGGGCCCUCGCACGACGUUGUUGUUGACGAGCCGCAACCAGCCGCUGUUGCUAGAAGGUUACGUUCCCACAAAUCAGCGGUAUCGCAAUCAGAAAACGAAGAGCCGGCACCUUCCACGUCUACAGCAGAACCGAAACCAUUUGAGACACACUCGUCGAGUGUGGGUAGCAGCGGGUCGUCGACCAGCGAGUACAGAGGUGCGCGCGUACACACAUACACACCUUCCACGUCUACACGCACACCACUUUCGCUACUUAUGGAAAAGGUAGCAAAGUUCGAGCUAAUACCGCGAGAAGGCACCGAACAUUUACCGUGCAGAGUUUACGGUGCAAUACAUCUAGCGAGGCUUUUUGUUAUAUUACCAGUUUUCCUGAAUGCAACACAGAUGCCUGACAUGAAGUUAAAAGUUAUAUUGAAAUAUAUUGAUAUAUUUGUCCAAUAUCUCGAUGAACACAGCGAAUGGUUCGGAGAAAGCUUCUAUGUGCCUAAUACUUUUUUGCAAUAAAAUUCAAAUCUAUGAGAAACAAAUGAAAGAAAUAACAAUGUGUGCUAUUGAACGUUUUAAAUAAGUAUAACACAAAUGUACAUUACCACCUAUACCUCGAUAUUUCACAUUGUUUUUAAAAGUUAAGAGCAAAAGCAAUUUAUCAUUUUUUAAUUAGAUGUCUUACGUGAUAAAUUAAAAUUAUUCUAAUUUAGUUUUUUAACAAUUAUUUUGUGUUAACGCGUGUAUGGAAUUUGUUGUAAAUAUAAUUUAAUUGAUUGUUUGACCGAAUACAAAUCAUGUGAUUAGUGUGUAAAUAUAAAUUACAAUUAUAAGAAUUAUGUAUGCUCCAUAGUGAAGAAUGACGAUUUUACUUAA